GGGGCUUCGCUUCCGUUUCCUCUUCGUCACCCAGAACUGAUUCGGUUUACACUCCGAGGCUGAAAAUGAAAACACUGAUACCAGCUCAAGAUCCACCAGCGAAACAUUUCACCUGCUCAUUAUAAACCCGCCUCACCGAACCCGGUAGACCUGCAGGUUUCCGUCUCCUGUGUGGACCAAUAUGAUCCAGCUGUGUGUGUCUGCACCCAGCGGAGUGAGCUUUCCAAGUGCGCAGAUGGUCUUAUCUCGGUAGCUAACGCUAGCACUGCAAAGCUGCUGUCUGUGGCCCCGCUGGCGAUAUAUCUAACUGGAUAGGCACUUUACAAUAAGCUAAGACUCAACACCAUGAAUCUGUUCCGCCUGGUGUGCCGUCACAAGACAGCUCUGGUCAUUGGCACUGUUUGCAGUUUCGCUGUAGUCCUCGUCUUCUUGGCCAAAUGUACCUCAGAAACCCUGAAACAGGGUCACCAGGAUCCUCCAGGCCUGGCCCCCCGAGCCAAUGCUUUGCAGCCCCGUCCAGAGCAGCACAACCCCCCCUCCAUGUCCAAAGACUUGUCUGCAUUCCUAGUAGUCCUCAUCACAACAGGACCCAAGUACACAGAGCGCAGGAGUAUUAUCCGCAGCACCUGGCUUGCCAAGCGGGACUCUGAUGUUUUGGCUAUGUUUGUUGUAGGAACUCAGGGUCUCUCCAGCGAGGACCUUCAGAAUCUGAACACAGAACAAGGGCGGCACAAGGACUUGCUCUUACUGCCUGAUUUGCGAGAUUCUUAUGAGAACUUAACACUCAAGCUGCUGCACAUGUACUCCUGGCUGGACCAGAAUGUAGAGUUCAAGUUUGUCCUCAAAGCAGAUGAUGACACAUUUGCUCGCUUGGACCUUCUUAAAGAGGAGCUGAAGGCGAAAGAGCCCAGCCGUUUGUACUGGGGCUUUUUCUCAGGGAGAGGCCGAGUGAAAGCAGCAGGGAAGUGGCGGGAAAGUGCUUGGGAGCUCUGCGACUACUACCUGCCCUACGCACUGGGCGGUGGUUACAUUCUCUCAGCUGACCUGGUGCAGUACGUGCACCUUAACGCGGGCUACUUCAAGACGUGGCAGAGUGAGGAUGUGUCACUGGGCGCCUGGCUGGCACCAGUAGAUGUUCGGCGGACGCAUGACCCACGCUUUGACACAGAGUAUAAAUCGCGUGGUUGCAACAACAAAUACUUGGUGACACACAAGCAGAGUUUGGAGGACAUGUUGGAGAAGCACCAGACUCUGCAGCGUGACGGCAGGCUCUGCAAGGAGGAAGUCAAGCUGCGAUUGUCUUAUGUGUAUGACUGGAGUGUGCCACCAUCACAGUGUUGCCAAAGAAAAGAUGGGAUUCCAUAAUUGUUGUCUUGUUUUUAUUCGUUUUUUUUCUACAAGGCUGAAGUUUGCAUUCAUAUUAUAUAUUCAUAUUAUGUAAGUGAGGAAUGUUGUAGGAUGUAUUUUCUUCUCACCAAAUCUUAAUUGUUAAAGCAUUUUAAGUUGUGUAACUGGUACUGGACAAUAUAGAAAAAGCUUUAACAUUAUUAGAAAUCACAUUUACAUUUUUUAAAGACAUUGUUCUAUUUUUGCGAACAAAAAAAUGGGGCAAAUUCAAAAGUUUUUCUCCAGUUAAAGCGGCAAAAGUUGCUUUAUGUGCACAUUUUUUCACAUAUUUUUGAAUUUCAAAAAGUCCUAAAAUGAGAUUUUUGUUCAGGUUUUACGAGUUAUAGUAGUGAAUUGUGGGCUAGAUGUUGUCUUGUGUGGUUUGCUUGGAGAAAAAGCCAUGAAAUUGCCUUUUUUUAGUUUUGUAAAUAGAAACCCAUUUUUACAAAUCUGAAACAGAUUUAAACAGUCUUUGGGAAGUCCAGGUAAAAAAUGGAAUAUUCUUAUUCUAGACCUGGUUUAAUUUUGUAUAACAACAUAAUUGAAGAUAUGGCAAGAAUCCCAGCUUUUAUUAUGACGUCAAGUACCAAUUUUACAACUUGAAGUUGUUUAGCAACAGAUAAGUGACCAAGAAAUAUGAUUCCUCAACUCCUGAAUUGGAAGCCAACUUCAGUCCUGCAAAGUUUUUGACCCAUAAGCUCCUUUCGCCUCGCAGUUGCUGCUCUCCUUAAUCGUUGGUUUACCACUUCGGUGGCCUACUUCUCUCGUCUGUGCUUGAUCUGCUGUACCUCUUGCUCAAUGUUUUCCAACAGUACGCGGUAUGUUUUUAGCUUAUUUCAGUAUUGUAGAUAGUACAGGGGACCCACAGAUGGGAGAUUCUAACCCUGCCAUGAUGUCUACGUUAUUUUUGUGAGAGUAUUCUUUUUUUUUUUUGUAUUUUAUUUAUUGUUAAUUUAUUCUGCAGCAAACACAAGACACUGGUACUAAGCAUGGAUAGAUGUGCAGUGGAUGUGGUUGCUGCUCGCGGGUGCGGUUUGUAUUUAUAAACAUGUUGGAUGAAAUUGGUCUAUUUCACAGAAUUAACAGACAAGAAGUGUUGACUUUUUAAAUGUAACCCUUUUGUUUACAGUCAGUGGUGUGCAAGGUUUCAUAUGUUUGGAGGUGCAAAGAAUGUGUAAGAGAAAUUGGUUGAAUGUGUUUUAUUUAGCAGGCCUUCUCAUUCCUUAUACUGGAGCCUAUGCGAGGAGUCUGUCAUGGUACUUACAUUUCCAACACAACAGCCACAUUUUAAAGUCGAAGUCAGUACAUUUACUGUGCAGAGAUAUCAAGUUACUCGUGAAUGUUCGUUUUGCAGCACACAACAGAAUCAGAAACUUGAUAUACACUACCAGCUGGCACUUGGUCACUUUUUUUCGAGCGGGAAAACCUGAUUUUGAAUUCCCUUAAUCAUUAUUCAUUGAUUGUUUUCUUGGACGUCGAGGCUCCUUAACCCAAACUCACCCUGUUACGUCAGCAGCUGUAUCCCAGAACUUGUGAAAUUCGUGCGACAGCGUUGAUCAAAGGGCGCUAUAUGUUGGAAUGCUAAUUAAUCGAGGAUUGCUGCAAAAAGAGUGACAUCCAAGCUCUUUUUCUGUGACUGCUGUUACAUUUUUGUGAACAAUGACAUGACUCCUAUCUCACUGUUGUCAAUAUCAGAUUCUAAUUCAAUGCAACUUUAGUUUCUGUGAUUGUUUUUACAUACCUGGUCUGCCACCCUGGAUGUUUUAAUAAAAAUUCUAAAUGUAUUCUUGUCA